AUGGCGCUCGGGCAGGCGAUGCAAGGGCGGCAGGGCGGCGGGGUGGCGGCGGCAAGGGGGGGGGGGACGGGAGCCGGGGAGGCGGCAGGGGGGACGAAAGCUAUCUUGGCUACCGCUAACAGGACGGAGAGGGGGCAGCGGCUGCGGGCGGUGAACUGGGUCAAGCAGGUCCGAAACGAACUCACGUCCGCGGAGUUUGCUCUCAACCUCAACGGAGCAACGAGAGGGAUGAGCACCGGCGGCGGCGGCGGCGGCGGCGGGGGCGGCACCCCCCCGGGCAUCAACGGCCAGAGUACCAGCCCCGGGGCCCCGUCAUCUUCAGCCGCUCCAGCAGGAGCAGGAGCAACACCCGGCUCAAAGAGCGAGAUCGACUUCGAGACGAUCGCGGAGAGGUUGGAGGCUAGCCUCCGAGCGCUGCAGGCGGGCAGGCCGUUGUCCCUGCUCGAAGCCAUCUCCCCGGAUGAGCUCCGGGAAAUCACGGCUCGGUUGAAAGUGAACCUGACCAAGAUCAAGAAGAUCACGCAGGCAGAGGGGAGGAGCAGGGACGGGACAGGGGGGGACUCCGCAGGAGCGAGAAGCGCGGGGGAGGCGGGGGGGGAAGAAGGCAGCAGCUGGAGAGACGCGGGGGGCAUCCUCGGCGAGAUGACGGAAGGGAUAAACGUUAACCUCAAGGAUGUAAAAGUGCCGGAGUUCGAUCUUUUCGUGCGCGACGACGGGACCGUGGAUUGGGACGGGGCCAUCCAGUCCGGCCGGGAGGUGGCUCGCUUCGGACAGGAGUUGUGGGACAGAAUCAACGGCCAGAAUCCCGAUGAGGAAGGGGGGCUCGCGGCUGGGGGGUCUCACGGGGGGGGCGACAAAAACAUCAAGGAGAUCCCCGAGGACUCAGCAGUGAUGCUGGAGCUGCGCGCUAUCGGCGAGGAGCUGGAGGGCAGGCAGGAGCAGCUGCGGCGGGAGCUGGACGCCCUCAAGGCGGAGGCUCGGGCACAGGAGGCCACCUGGAAGACCCUGGAACGAAGAAAAGCUAACCGCCGCAUUCGGUCUAAGCAAGAGCAGCUCGACAACGCCACGAAGCAGCUACAGCUGCACAACAUCGACGUUGACAUGGAGCGCAUCUGCUACAACAUCGAGCAGGAAAUCCGCGAGUCUACACCCUCGUCGCUGUCGGAGUACCGUCUUCUCGUGGCGGAGUUCGGCCUGCUGGACGCGCAGCUGGCCAACCUGACCAAGCUCGUGGCCGAGCUGACCGGGGGGGAGACGGAGUACGGCGUGGACGGGCUGGUUGUCGACGAGGACGAGCUCGAGCUGGUGAGCCGGGAGGUCGUCGAUCUGAAGAACCGACUCGGGCUGGACCUUGAGAGCCCGGCGCUCGCCGUAGACCCGGAGAAGGUCUCACGAUACGCGAAGGAGACAUACGACAAGAUCAAGAGCGGGUUGGACUUCUACUGGACCGGUACGAAGAUCCUCGGUAACGACGUCGGGUACGCCCUCACGCUCGUCUCCAAGGCCGUGCAGGGAUCCAUCCUGAAUCCCCGCGAGGUUCGAACGCUUCGCCGGACUGCCAAGGAUUGUGUGACGUUCAUCCCGUUCGUCAUCAUCCUCAUCAUCCCUCUUUCGCCUGUCGGUCACGUGUUGGUGUUCUCGUUCAUCCAGAGGUUCUUCCCCAACUUCUUUCCGUCCACCUACACGGACCGCAGACAGAACCUGCUCAAGAUGUACACCGAGGUCGAGAAGAAGGUGGACUUGGAAGAUGCGGACCGAGACGGCGGUGACGACAUCCUCGAGAACCUUCGGAGAAAUUUCAUCGCUACCCUCAACCAGGCGGGGGACCAGGCCAAGAAAGAUCGAUGA